AGGAAACAGAAAGGAGAAAGAGAGAGGAGCAAAUGGCUGGAUGAAAGGCGUAUUAAUUGGCACGAACGCUCGCGUUCGCGUUCGCGUUCGCGUUCGGAAGGAAAUGUGUUUUUAUGAAGGUGGAAAUUGCUGAUCGCGUCCACUUUUAUUGACAUUCGAUAUUCGGGUUAAAACGAGUGCGUGUGCGCGAUGGAAAAACGAAUCACGGAAGAGAAUGGAUAAGCGAUGUUUUUUGCGUUUCGUCUAUCCGAGCCGUCAUCGACGUUCGCUAUUGAUCUCGAUUCGAGAACCGUCCACCUUGAGUCUCCGCACACCCACAUACCUAAUCCGAAAUCGAUAACCGAGGAAGAAACAUCAAUGGAAAUGUCUGUAAAAAGGCUCCUUCGGAUCGGAUCGAGUCUCCUCCUUUUCCUCUUUAACUUUCUCUACGCGUACGCGUGUAUCCUCGUUUUCGUAUCCGUCCCAUCGACCAGUCAGCGAAACGAGAUUGAUAUUGACAACCAGUUACCUAUGUAUCAAGGCUGUAACGACACGGUUGACAAAUACAUGGCGAAACGAAAACGGCAAACGAACUCGUUGUUUUCGACGUUCAAAUCCAUUCGAUGA